UCCCUCUUUUUUCUAGGAUUGAAACUAAAGUUUGCCAGCCCUCUUCUUCCAAGUUCCAACUCUAAAACUACACCAAGAAUAUGUGUCCACUUAUAUUUUGAUCAUGUGCAUCAGGUCUACAAAUAUAAAGUUGCUGAGGCUUAUAAUCUGAAAUUUAAGUUUUUUUUUUCAUACUCGCGAUUUUCGAAAUCUUUCGGAUAACAAUAUUCUCUAGUGCAACAAUAGUUAUUUUUGCUCGUCGUUUUAAAUCUGGUUGAUAUAUGGGGAUAUUAAGGGUUAGUGGUGAUGGUCCGCCUUGUAAAGGGUUGCAUGAAGAGGGGAAAGAUGCGAGAAAUGGUGUGUGUGGUGAAGGGCAGAGGUUAUCGGAGGAAGGUCAUAAUGAUGAUGUGAACAAAAAGUGUAUAUUUCAGGUGCAGACUGUUUCACUGAGGAAGCAGCCACAGGGUUCGGGGUCAGUGGUUCGGUGGGAGCGGUUCCUACCGGUGAAGACGCUCAGCGUGCUGCUGGUGGAAAACGAUGACUCCACUCGUCAUCUCAUCGCUGCUUUGCUUCGAAAUUGCAGCUAUCAAGUUACCGCUGUUGCACAUGGCGUCGAAGCAUGGAAAGCCCUGGAAGAUCCAAGUAACCACAUCGAUCUUGUUUUAGCAGAGGUAGUCACACCAUAUUUGUCUGGUAUUGGUCUCUUAUCCAAAAUUUUGAGCCACAAAAGUUUCAGGAGCAUUCCACUGAUUAUGAUGUCCUCUAAUGAUUCAAUGGAUGUAGUCUUUAAGUGUUUAUCCAAAGGUGCCGUAGACUUUUUAGUGAAGCCUAUUCGAAAGAAUGAGCUUAAACAUCUCUGGCAGCAUGUCUGGAGAUAUUGCAACACUUCUGGCUUCAGCGGAAAUGAGAGUGGUGUACUGAUUCAGAAACCGUCAUCAGGUUCAGAAAAUGUUGGUCAUGCAGGAAACAAAAAUGGAAGCAGCGGUGAAGAUGACAACUGGAACACUGAUUUGAAUGUUAAUGGAAGUGACAAUGGAAGUGAUACCCAGAUUUCAUGGUCGAAGAGGGUAGUAGAAGUUGACAGCCAACAGCCUAGCAUGCGACAUGAGCAAAUAGGAGAUGCCCCUCAUACCACUUGUGUAGUGGGUGCUUAUUCAAGGUCCGAGCCUCGUUCUGAAAAUUGGGUACCUGGGACUGCUACAUGGGACACAAGUGAAGCAGGUGACAAACUAGUAGCCAUGGGAAAAUACUUGGAGAUGGGAAUUGCUAAAAAUCAAGAUUUACAGGCUGAAGAACCAAACAGAAAGAUGCAGAAGACUGGAAUGGGUAAAAGCAAGGUUUCUGAUACAGAAUCAAAGAAGGAUCAUGAGAAAUUUGAAAGAAGAGUAGCUAAAUUUCACACUGAAGCAGAAAAUGUCGAUUUGAGUAAAGAAUAUUCAGAUUCUGUGGUGGUCAUUAAUAACAGUACAGACCCUCAAAUGGAGAGUGCAACCAGUGAGGGUGACGCGAAAAGGAAAACUAGCAAGGAUACGACUACUGAUUAUAUUAAAGAACCACUUUGCCUCGAACUUGACUUAAAUUCACUAAGAGAACGCAAGGCAAGGCCCGAGAACAGUGACCCGAAGCAAAAGGUCUUGAGACACUCAGACCUUUCAGCCUUCUCAAGGUACGACACUGCCAAAGCUCCAGCUGGAGAUGUGGGCAGCUGCUCUCCACCUGAGAAUAGCUCAAGGCAAAACCUGCAAUCUAAUAUGGAUGGUACUCAUAAUCAAUGUUCCAACGGAAGUAGCAACAAUGACAUGGGCUCAACAACUGAUAACAACAUGUUCCCCAAGCCUGCAGCAUUUAGUGAAAAGAAAUUACCCGAUGCCCCAAAGAGUGCUCAUCUCUGUUCUGCUUUUCAAUCAGUUAUAAACUUGAACAAUCAAUCUAGUCUUCCAGAAUUACAGGACAAGAACGAGCAUCCAACAGUUCAAGCAAGUUUUACAGAGCCGCAGGUCCAAGUGCAGCAUCGUCAUCACUAUCAUCAUUACCACCACCAUCAUCACCAUGUCCAUAAUGGAAAGCAAACACAGCAGCUCCCAGACCAAGAUAACUUGUCUAUGAGAAACACAGCAGCACCAGCUUCACAUUUUGCACCAUCCAAAGUCCUAAACUCGCCUGCUGCCUAUUAUGGUAGCAACAAUGGGCAUAAUGACAGCAAUAUAGUUCGAAAUGUGGAAGGAAUGAACUUAUUAAAUAAUAACAAAGUGACACAGAAAUGUGGACCAGAUGAUGGUAGCGGGAAUGAUGUAGAUCAACACAAUUUGACACAACGAGAAGCUGCUUUACAGAAAUUUCGACAAAAGAGGAAAGACAGAUGUUUUGAAAAGAAGGUCCGGUACCAGAGCAGGAAGAAGCUUGCAGAGCAGAGACCACGUGUUAAAGGGCAGUUUAUUCGACAAGCAGAAAAAAAUGACAACCAAAAUAGCUAACCAAGCCAUGAGCUUGUUGAAUGUGGAGUUCAAAGAUUAGCAGUAAUUACUUAGAAAAUUCUUGAGAAGACGGAUUUAGCUCCAUGAUGGAUAAGUUGGCUGGUGGAUGAAAAAUGCGAAUGCAAGAUCAUUUUAUCGUUUGUUUAUGCAGAUUGUAACUUUGUUUCAUGACUAGUGUGUCUGUCGGUGAGCGACUAAUAAUCUCACCCAAAUAAUUGUUUUCAUUUCGGUUUUAACGAUUAUUCCUCAA